UUAUUUUCACCUCACAAUCUGGUAAAAUAAUCUGCCACAUUUCUUGGUUUUAUUUUUUUUAGAAAAUUAAAUUUAAUUGUUUACAUCAUGUCAACACUUAACGUUAAAAUUCACCCUGUUGUUUUAUUAAACAUCAUAGACUCGUAUGAACGACGGAGUAGAGAUCAAAAUCGUGUCAUCGGUACUCUCUUAGGAAAUGUGGACAAAUCAGGAACCAUUGAGAUUUCCAACUCUUUUGUAGUUCAACACCGGGAAGCUGAUGGCGAGGUUGCCUUUGAUAUUGAAGUUGCUAAAGAUUUGUAUGAAUUACACCGUAAAGUUAAUCCAAAUGAAACUAUUGUCGGCUGGUUUUCUACUGGAGGAGGCGAGGUUAAUGAAUAUUCCGUGCUUAUCCAUGAAUUUUACACACGUGAAACCUCAAACCCAGUACAUAUUACUGUGGAUCCUACACCAACUGGUAUUUCUGUCAAAGGCUAUACUUUAACUCCAUUUGGAGUACCUGGAAGGAGCACUGGCACUAUGUUCUCUCACAUUAAGUCUGUUAGUAUUACUGGUGGAUAUGAAGCGGAAAUGAUUGGAUUGAAAGCUUGCAUGUCGGCUUCUGGCAUUGGAGAAGGAAAACCUAUUACUUAUGAGUCUGAGAUCGAUAUGAUUCUUGCUGCUUCUAAAAAAUGCUCUGAUAUUAUAACAAGCAUCGUUAAAUAUAUUGAUGAGAACAUUAUAUCACCUGGCAGACCUUUACCUAGCAAUAGCAAUGACAUCGGACGGGAACUCAUGUCAAUGGUGGAAAGUAUUGGACCUCUUUGCAAGGACGAAGAAACUACAAAUAAGAAUCUUAAUGAUCUACUCAUGGUUAUAUAUUUGUCUAACUUAUGUAAAACUCAAUUGAUGCUUAAUGAGAAGCUCACCUUAGUUUAAAACUUAUCUUAGCAUCAUUAAAAUUUCGAACUCGUUCCAAGCAACCCACAA